CCGCGAGGGUCGUCUUCCGCGCUCACUCGCGCCCACUCUCGAGCGCAUCCGCGACGACCGCGGCGCACGACCGAACGACCGCGAACGACCGACCGCGUCUCGCUCAGAUUCGCGCGAGGUUCAUUCAUCCCCCCGCCGCGCCGCGCCGCUUUUCGUCCGCCGACGCGACAUGGCGGUGACGACCCCGAACGCGAAGAAGAACCCCGCGGGCGUGCGGCACCUGUCCACGCCGGAUAUCCUCGCCGCGAUGAUGACGGACUCGGACGACGACGAGCCGGCGGCGCUGCGCGCGCGCGAGGAGCUCAAGGCGACGAGAACCGCGUGGGACGACGAAGAGAAGGAGAACCCGAAAUCCCCGAAAUCCCCGCUCGGGAAGCGCGGGGACGGCCGCGGCAGAGACGCGCGCGUCUCCAGCCCGACGAAGAAUCCCCUGCGGUCGCUCCUGAUGAACGUGAACCGCGGCAGAGACGAUCGCGGGGCGGACGCGUCGUCCGCCGCCGCCGCGUCGGUCGUCGCCGAGACGUUUGACCUCCGCGACGACGAGGUCGACCGCGCGAAGCAGCUCGAGGUCCGACACCACGAGUCCCUGAAGACGCACGGGAUGAAGCCGCUCGCGCCGCCGUCGCGCGCGGCCGCGGAGACGCUGGCGAUGACGUCGCGGCGCCGAGGGGACGCGUCGGCGGCGAUCGCGGCGACGGCGUCGCAUCUCGCGUUUUUCGCGCUCGCCGCGUGUUGGCUCUUCGUCGUCGCGGUGUUCAUCGACGUCCACGGGCUGUGGCUGCCGUACUACCCGAACGCGUUCGCGGUGUGCACGGACGGGCCGAGGGACGUCGUGAGAGGCGCGGUGUCGCUCGCGAGAUUUAUGACGGGCGUCGCGGAGACGCCGGCGAAAGUCGCCGAGACGGGGUGGCGCGCGUGGCUUUCCUUUUUUUGGCCACGGUGA